UAGACGCUGCCGGCGCAUCAUCAAUCAGCGACGCAAAAAGAGGUGGCCCGCCAGAGACCACCUCCCCACAGGAAGUGACGUAAGAAACUGGCGCCUCGGAGGACGCGAGAGGGGAGCACGUUAAGGCCAUGGCCCCUCGGCGCCUCCUGUUGGUUGGGGAGGGGAAUUUCUCCUUCGCCGCGGCCCUGAGCGAGACCCUGGAUGACAGCACCAGUGUAACCGCCACCUGCCUCCAGCGCCCGGCCGACUUGGCCGGAGAUCCGGUGGCCCAGGAGAAUCUGCAGCGCCUGCGCGAGCGAGGUACUGAGGUGCGUUUUGGUGUGGACUGCACCCAGCUGGCAGAUGCCUUUGAACUGCACCACAGGGAGUUUGAUCGGAUUUAUUUUAAUUUUCCUCACUGUGGACGCAAAGCUGGAGUUGCUAAGAACAGGGAACUGCUUGCCAAGUUUUUCCAGAGCUGUAAAGAUGUUCUCGCACCGGAAGGAGAAGUCUAUGUGGCAUUGUGUAGAGGACAAGGUGGGACUCCUGCUGAUAAGCCCACAAGAGAAUGGCAUAACAGUUGGCAAGUAGUUGCCAUGGCAGCUCUGGGGGGAUUCAUUUUAAGUGACGUGCAUCCCUUCAGCUGUGAGGCUGUGCCAGGGUACAAGUGCACUGGAUAUAGGAGUCAAGAUAAGUCCUUUCAUGUAGAAGGUGCUUUGAACCAUAUCUUCACCCGGAGCUUACCCUUUGAAGAUUCACAGCCCAGAAUCUUCAGGACCAAAGUGGGUGGCCGGUGGUUUUCCUUUCCAGAACCAGAAGCACUUGUAGGAAAGUUGAACAGAGGUUUCCUAGAAGCACCUUCAUGUCAUCCUGUCAGAACCAUUAAUGAGAAACUCAUUGCGGAAUUGGGCAAAGUUUUCCCUCUAAAAAGGCUGAAGCGUCCCUUCCCUUUGCUGCCACAGGGAAGCACUAGUGCUCUCACUUCCUGGAACUGUGACAUUCUGUCAGCUGCCUUUUGGAUUAGUCUCCGUGAAGAUGACUCAAAUUCUGAGUCCCUGACUGAUGGGACAACACAAGACAUGGAGGACUUUCUGGCGCUAUUUUCAGAACUUAGCCUUCUCAAGGAUCCUGGAAGCGACAGCAAGGAAGAAGCUCAUGAAGAAAGCUAUGGCCAAACCACGGUCUGCCUUAGGCCUUCUCUCCUAGUUCAUGUUCAGGCUGUCAUCCAAGCACCAGACUUUGUCCCAGGUUACCUGCACAUCCUCAGUGGACCUGUCUUUCGGAAGUGCCGCAUCUUGCCUUUCACAAUGCCAGCAUUUCAUGAGACUUUAUUUGUCAUCGGGUUUAAUAAAAAUCUGAAGGAUGGUUGUCUUCAGUCACUACUGGAGCACCUGAAGGGUUUUCUUGAUAGCCUUCUCACCCACACAUUGCUGGAGGGCUCUCAGCCGAGCAGUUCAGUGGAAUUUGUCUUUCAACCAAAUGGCAAAGAGUAUAUUAUUAAUGUGAAGCGUCCUAAUUUUGGCCCAGAUUGUGCCAAGGCUCUGAUUAUUGGGUCUGUCGUCACAUCUGCUACAGGCAUUAUGCACAAAGACCAGUGUUUUAUGUUUGUGUCUAUGAACUUGGACCUACUAGCCAUGCUUGUCUGGGGCAUCUCUGACUGGAGGAUGCUGUGGACCUUUGAUCACCGUUUCCUGAAAAAUUUUGUCUCUGGGAGUAUAGAACCCUUUAAAAGCUAUUGCCUGUAUCCUCCAUGCUAUGUUCAUGAUAUUAGUUUUUGGUUAGAUGAGAAGAAAGGAUUUGAUGAACUAGAAUUUCACAUGGUGGCCCGAGCAGUGUCCCGGGACACGGUCAUAUCCAUACAGUUCCUCAGUCGUUUUCAGCAUCCAAAGACUCAACAGGUCAGUCUCUGCUAUAGAUUGACUUACCAGACGUGUGACAAAGCCCUCCCCCAGCAACAGGUGUCAUCAAUGCAGUCGCAGCUUAGGAAAGAGAUUCAGCAAAGACUACAUGUAAUACCUCGGUAGUUUAGUAAAUUCAUUUUUCCAGAGUGAUCCCCGUGGCUGUGGGUAUGGGUGCAGAUGCCAAUGAAAAAGACCAAGUUAUAACUAGUAGUCUUUUCUGAACUGUGUUUUUUGUAAAAUCUUUAACCUUGUGACUUUGGCCAGUGUUGGUUGAUUCUAGAGAAACUUGUGGCUCAGGGCACCUGGGUGGCUCAGUGGUUGAGUGUUGAGUAUCCAACUCUUGAUUUUGGCUCAGGUCAUGAUCCCAGGGUCAUGGGAUCGAGCCCUGUGUCAGGCUCUGCGUGGAGCAUGGAGUCUGCUUAAGAGUCUCUCUCUCCUUCUGCCCCUGUCCCCUGCUCAUGCACUCUGUCUUGCUAAAAUAAAAAGAAAUUAAAAAUAUUAAAAAGUAAAAAAGAAA